AUGAGCACAGGGCGUGAUCCCACCGAGUUGGUGGAUCUGCUGCGAGCCUUAGGCAACCUAACCAUCAACGUGAACGUGACCAACGCCCCAGGCACAUCUACUUCAAGCAGUGCUUCUAUCGGGACUGAAGCGGCCCCGGCAGCUUCUUCUGCUGCUCGUGACUCGGUUCCUCGGAGCCGGCCGCUGGUCUACGGGCCUUGGGAACCUCGGGCCACUCCAGUCACUUGCCCUACUUCGGUGACUUCUCUUGCUCGACAGCUUCGCGGCACAGUCAACGGGCAAAAUCCCUUGCAGAGGAUUGAGACGGCUUACGCUUUGGGCCGAGAGGCUCAGCUGAUCUACUCAGGGGAGGAGCGAUACUUUACCGCUCGGCCUCGCGCUCGGAAGGUUUGCUACGUGGUCCUUUGCGGCCGCAACGUCGACGAGCCCUUCUACACCACUUCUGCUUUCCUCUACUCGCAGGCCGAAAUUUCGAGCCAACUUCGAUUUCCCACGGCUUUGGCAGCAUUGCCGAGGCCGAGGCUUUUUGUCGUGGCGCAGGCUUGCACGGCUUGCCCACCCGGCGUGACUGAUGGCUGCUGA